AUGAGUACAAAUAUUCAUGACAAAGUAGCAAAAUUAAGUUUGGACUGUUUUAAAAUAUUGCCUAAAUCUGGUAAACCCAUAAGUACGGAAUGGACUGUAUUAUCUUGUAUAGUACAAGAUAUUGAUGGCGAAUUGACAGUUGUAGCCUUGGGAACCGGAUCCAAAUGUAUAGGAGCUUCAAAAAUGUCUGAAAAAGGAGAUAUUUUGAAUGAUUCCCAUGCGGAAGUUAUGUGUAGACGAUCAUUUCUUAGAUACAUUUAUGAUCAGAUGAGUUUGGAGUCUAAAAUUAUUAAAUUCAACAAGGAUGUUUCAAAAUUUUUGCUGGAUCCUCGGGUCAAAUUUCAUUUUUUCACUACAAUGGUACCUUGUGGAGAUGCAGCUAUUUUUCCAAUGUACGAUAGCAGUGAAUUGGGUGAUAUAGUUGAAGAUAAUGAAGACGAUCUAAAUCCAAAUAAAAGAAAAAAAAUUGAUAUUUUCAGAACUGGUGCGAAAUGUUUAGAAUCAAGUGAUAAAAUUGACCCAAAGCUACCAGGGUCAGAUUUCCAUGUCACAGGAGUCGUGAGAACAAAACCGGGAAGAGGAGACCGAACCCUGUCUGUAUCUUGCAGUGACAAACUGGCCAAAUGGCUUCAUUUAGGCGUUCAGGGUGCGCUUCUCUCAAUUCUCUUAGACAGUCCGAUUUAUCUUUCCAGUUUCACAUAUCCAUCUAAUACGCCAUUUAAUAAAGAGGCAUUGGAAAGAGCAUUUUAUGAUAGAUUCGGAUUAGUACAUUUUAAGGAUCCUUACAAGCAAAACAAAAUUAUUUUCGGUAAAAGUUCAGUUCAUUUUGAUUUUUUUAAAGAUGACUCUAAGCAACCGUGUCCUUCGAGUAUAUCAUGGUAUCUAGGCAAAGGGAAAAGACUGGAAGUAGCAGUUGAAGGCAAACGUCAAGGAGUUACAAAGAAAAAAUUGAACAACAAAGCUGGACGCCUGAAGAUUUGCAAGCUGGAACUAUUCAAAACUUUCAUGGAUAUUUGCGAAACCAGAAAAAUCCAACUCAAACCCGACUGUGAUAACCUUUUAUUACAAAUUUACUUUUGGUAA